AUGGAGACCACCGUGGGGGCUGUGGGUGAGAAGAAUACCACGGACAUUUCCACCAGCUUCCUUUCUGCACUUGAUGCCCACGGAGCCCAAACUGCUUCCUCUCCAUUCACUUUCAGCUAUGGCGACUAUGACACGCCCUUGGAUGAAGAGGAGGAUGUGACCAAUUCUCAGACUUUCUUUGCUGCCAAGAUUGUCAUUGGCAUGGCUUUGGUGGGUAUCAUGCUGGUGUGUGGCAUCGGCAACUUCAUCUUCAUCAUUACCCUGGCCCGCUACAAAAAGCUACGCAAUCUCACCAACCUGCUUAUUGCCAACCUGGCCAUCUCGGACUUCCUGGUGGCCAUUGUGUGCUGCCCCUUUGAGAUGGACUACUAUGUGGUACGCCAGCUCUCCUGGGAGCAUGGCCAUGUCCUGUGUGCCUCUGUCAACUACCUGCGAACUGUCUCCCUCUACGUCUCCACUAAUGCCCUCCUGGCCAUUGCCGUGGACAGGUACCUGGCCAUAGUGCACCCUCUGAGACCCCGAAUGAAGUGUCAAACAGCGGCGGGCCUCAUCUUCCUGGUGUGGUCCGUGUCCAUCCUCAUCGCCAUCCCAGCCGCCUACUUCACCACGGAGACCGUGCUGGUCAUCGUGGAGAGCCAGGAGAAGAUCUUCUGUGGCCAGAUCUGGCCAGUGGACCAGCAGCUCUACUAUAAAUCCUACUUCCUCUUCGUCUUCGGCCUCGAGUUUGUGGGCCCUGUGGUCGUCAUGACCCUGUGCUAUGCUAGGGUGUCCCAGGAGCUCUGGUUCAAGGCAGUGCCCGGCUUCCAGACAGAGCAGAUCCGCCGGAGGCUGCGCUGCCGCCGCAGGACCGUUCUAGGGCUUGUGUGUGUCCUCUCGGCCUAUGUGCUAUGCUGGGCGCCCUUCUACGGCUUCACUAUCGUGCGUGACUUCUUCCCCUCCGUGUUUGUGAAGGAGAAGCACUACCUCACUGCCUUCUAUGUAGUGGAGUGCAUCGCCAUGAGCAACAGCAUGAUCAACACGCUGUGCUUCGUGACGGUCAGGAACAACACCUGUAAGUACCUCAAGAGGAUCCUGAGGCUCCAGUGGAGGGCCUCUCCCAGUGGGAGCAAAGCCAGCGCUGACCUGGACCUCAGGACCACAGGGAUGCCUGCCACUGAGGAGGUGGACUGCAUCAGACUGAAAUAAGCAAAAUGGUCCCACAGCACCGAAGAACUUGUUUUUCUGCAAAGGCAGAGGAAAGAGACAACCAUUUAGACAUACUAUUCAAGGAACACCAAAGUGUAGAAUUUCUGAAAUGAAUGUCCGAGACACUGUCACCAGUGGUCAGCAUUCAUUGAAUAACUAUUUUUGCAAAAGAGUAGACACCAGUGAAAAUCAUUUAUUUGACAAAUGAAGUGGGGGUUAUAACAAGGGAACGUGGUACUGAGUGUCUGUAAGAGAGAGUUUCCGAAUAGAAGGCAGAGCAGGGUAUGUGGGACAUGUGGUCCUAACUCACCUCUAGCAGUCCUCUUGGGCUUUCCUUCAGUCCCAGCGUUAGUAAGCCUGCAAGAGUACAGAAGAGGUUCCCACUGGGAAGGACUCUAAUGCAUGUGUGGAUAUGCCAGGACCCAUGGGCAAGUUCUGACCACCACCCCGCCAACCUAUGACCACCUCUUAGGCCUAGAGCUCUGCAUUAGACAGAGUGGGGCUUCUCUGGAGAGUGGACUUGGGGAGAAGCUGUGUGGACUCUACCAUUUGGACAGGGAAUUUGGAGUUCUGAGUCAUAUGGAGAGGGGAAGUCUGGGUUCACGAGAACAUGGUUCCCUCACUUCACGGUCUACUCAGCACAGGGGAGGAGACAUUUGGGACCUCUGAAAGCAUGUGUGCAGGUUAAAAGAUGCAGUGGUUCCAUCUCUCAGCCACUGUGACCUGGACCACGGACACUUCCCCUAGAGUUCUCAUGCCUCUGUGCUUAUGGAGUGUAGAGCCCUUGAAGGUAAACCCAGCACCUCACUUUCCCAUUCUUGCUUGCUCUCCAAUAUGAGGUUUCAGCCCAAGCAGCCUAUUUGAUGAGGUUGCCUCACUGGUA